CUCAAGAAGACUUGUUGCGAUUGAAUAUUAGUUUGUAUUUCGAAGGCUGGCUUGCUACGAAGUUGCACACUACGUGGUGUCUCCCGUGUUCUCUCUGGAUUGCGUCCGAAUUUACACGAACCAGGAUGGCAGCGGCUAAGCAACCAAAAGAAAAGCACCCUGUGGAUAUUGUUCAUCAGAACGCAAUUCACGUCGAGACCAUAAAGAAGGAGAAUAGGAGCCAACGAUUGUACACGCUAUUUAGCAUAAACCCUACAAAAGACGUAAGCACAUUCGACCGCCUUCAUGUUUUGACUGACAAGCCUAUGGCCAGCCCCACCCACGACAACAUAGAGGAGGAUCCUGCUUUCCUGAAGAUCAUCCACAGGGCUUGUUUGGAACCAACCAAGAAAUACACUCACCCCCAAACGGAGAGCCAAGAGAUAGGCUGGACAUCCAGACCUCUGAUUGUUUCAGAUCGCAGUGAUAGGAGACUGAACUGGCCACGGCAGAACUCUGAGAUCACCAAGUACAUGGAUGCAGCAUGGCGUCUGAAAGAACAGACACAGAACCUGGGCUAGAUCUCCGGCCUACUACAAGCCUCAAUUUGGAUAAACUACUGGAUCAUUGGCCUCUUUGCUGGAUAUUGAUUGAGAAAUAUUAAAUGGAAACAUGGCUAUGAAGAAUAUUGCUUUACUGUCCCAAGCAAACAACUGGUUGCAGACAGACCUACUGUAUAAUGUCAAACACCAUAACGUCAUUCAGAAAAUAAAUAUUGAACUAGUACAAAUCAUUUGUCAAAAAG